AUGUCUCCGGCACCGGGAAGAGCGAUGCUUCACAUAGCGAUGGUGGUGUUUCAGACAGGGUACGCCGGGAAUCACGUGAUCAUGAGAUUCGCCCUAAACUUGGGAGUAAGCAAACUCGUCUUUCCACUAUACCGCAACAUCAUCGCCCUUUCUGUUCUUGCUCCCUCUGCUUUCUUCCUUGAAAAAAAAGAAAGACCGAGGAUGAGCAACAGUUUACUGGUUCAGUUCUUCCUUCUAGGACUUGUCGGGAUAACAUUAAAUCAAGGGUUCUACAUAUAUGGAUUGGACAAUACGUCACCAACAUUCGCGUCAGCAACAGAGAAUGCUGUUCCAGCUGUUUCAUUCCUAAUGGCAGCCUUGCUCGGAAUAGAGAAAGUAGAGAUGAAGAGGAGAGAUGGAAUAGCCAAAGUGGUGGGCACAUUUGUAUCAGUGGCAGGCUCUUUGGCUAUAACGCUCUAUAAAGGGCCCACCAUUUACCAGCCAAGCCUUCGUCUAAUGGAGCAACACAUAAAAGGUGGAGAAGCAGAGGGACAAAACAAGAACUGGACUCUAGGAUGUCUCUGCUUGAUGGGUCACUCCUUAUGCUGGUCAAGCUGGAUAGUGUUACAAGCACCAUUGCUCAAGAAGUACCCUGCUCGAUUCUCUUUCGUAUCCUACUCAUGCAUUUUCGCUGUGUUCCAGUUCUUUGGCAUCUCAGCUUACUUGGAGAGAGAUAUGGAGAGCUGGAAGAUAAGAUCAGGAGGAGAAGUGUUGGCGCUGCUAUACACAGGGCUGGUGGGUUCGGGGAUGGUGUUUGCAAUACAAAUAUAUGUAGUGGAGAGAGCAGGACCUCUCUUUGUGUCGGCUUACUUGCCUCUCCAAACUUUACUUGCUGCUCUGUUAGCCUCUUUUGCUCUUGGCGAACACUUUUACCUUGGAGGAUUGAUAGGGGCGAUACUAAUCAUUUGUGGACUCUACUUGGUUGUGCUAGGAAAGACUUGGGAGAAGCAAGCGCAACAACUCAUUUCUUUAGCAUCCGAAAUUGGUGAUGAAGAUGACCAUGACAAUCAUAAACCAACAUCUUCUUCUCUUAUUCAACCAUUAAUUUCUUCCUAA